AUGUUAUUGGAUAGAACCGCCAUUGGGGCCGAUAGAAUACAUAGCAGACCGCUCACGAUGAUGAUCGAGGUCGAGUACAGACUUCCCACCCUCCGCCUCCAGCCACCGCCACAUAAAUCCAGAAGCACCAUUAGCCCACAAUGGAGGAAGCGCAAGGACAAUACCAACCUGGGAGAAAAAUGUGUUCAGGAAAGGAUUAUUGAGACCAGAACUGGGUCACCGUUGAAGUUGCAUCAUGCCAAGGGGUUAGCUAACAAUACGUAUCUAUACCCGGAGGAGCUGAGGCACAUCGAAGCGUUAAAUGGAGGGAAGAGGUCAGGAAGAAGAUGCAGCAUGAAUUAA